AGCGCCGCUGCUAGAAGUGGGAACAUCCAACGCAUGCUUAUUCGCGAGCCUAAUUCAAUAAAGACCGUCGCACACGAGACGAAUCUGCAACCCGGCGGAGGCUGGAACUAAGAAAGUGUUUGGACACCUAAACUGAAUCAUACACCUGUGGUGGUAUAUUUGCCGGCAUAUUUUUUUCAUCACUAGUGGAAUACGACUGAAUGAAACUGAUGGGUUGGCUGUGUAUUUGGGCACUUCCUGUCCUGCUUGGAACCUUUGCCUCUGUCUGCUGGCUGGCGGAAGGGAGCAGGAGCAUGGACACAGCAAAAACAGCAGAGAGCACCUCCCAAGGACCACAGGCAAGGAAGAGUGGAGCAGCUGACGGAGUUGCCGAUUCAUUCCACUCUGGGUCAAAUGGAGGGCCAUGCAAGAGGACAAACUGCGGGAGGGGCCGCCAGUGUGUGCUGCUGGAGUCGACGGGCCGGGCAGAGUGUGUGUGCCAGGAGAAGUGUCGACCCACCUUUGUGCCGGUGUGCGGCUCCGAUGGCAGGUUCUACGAGAACCACUGUGAGGUGUACCGCACCGCCUGCCUGCAGAAGAGACGGAUCUACGUGGUGCACAGCAAGGACUGCUUCUUCAAAGGAGACACGUGCACCAUGGCAGAUUACAACAAGCUGAAGAGUAUGCUGCUGGAUAUGCAGCCUAAAGGCCUGAAUGGCGGGGACAGGAACAUUAAGAGAGACAUGGACCAGAAGAGAGCCCUGGUGGACACCAUGUUUAAGUACCUGGACAUGGACGGGGAUGGCCGUCUGUGCAGCGACGAGCUGGAACAGAUCUCUAUGAAGGAGCACCUAGAAGACAGUCUGCUGGAGUGCACCAUGCAGGACCUGCUCCGCUACGAUGAUUACAACAACGACGGACACCUCACUCUGCACGAGUUCUACACCGCUUUUCAGGUUGUUCAGCUGAGCCUGGCUGAGGACCAGAGAGUGAGUGUCUCCACGGUAACAGUGGGCCUCAGCACCGUGCUGUCUUGUGCCAUCCAGGGAACGCUGCGGCCGCCAAUCAUCUGGAAGAGGAACGGAAUCAUACUCAACUUCCUGGACCUGGAGGACAUCAAUGACUUUGGUGAUGACGGCUCCCUCUACAUCACCAAGGUGACAACCAUUCAUAUGGGGAACUACAGCUGUCAUGCGUAUGGAUAUGAAGAGCUCUACCAGACCCAUGUACUGCAGGUGAAUGUUCCCCCAGUGAUCCUGGUCUACCCAGAGACGCAGGCACAGGAGCCUGGUGUGUCUGCCAGCCUGCACUGCCACGCCGACGGCAUCCCAGACCCUAAGAUCAUGUGGCUGAAGAACGGCAUGGACCUGCAGCCGAGACCGUCCAAGCAGCUCUCCCUCAUCGCGAAUGGGAGCGAGCUCCACAUUGGCAGUGUACGCUAUGAGGACACAGGCGCCUACACCUGCAUUGCUAAGAAUGAGGUGGGGGUGGACGAGGACAUAUCGUCUCUGUUUGUGGAGGACUCAGCCAGAAAGACACUUGCAAACAUACUGUGGCGGGAGGAAGGGUUGAGCGUAGGGAACAUGUUCUAUGUGUUUUCUGAUGAGGGCAUCACGGUGCUGCAGCCCAGCAAGUGUGAGAUACGCAGACACAUCAAGUCCACCGAGAGGAUCAUGGCCAGCUAUGAGGAGAUGUGCCCGAAAGGUGAAGGUGUGUCUCCGGAACACUGUGUGUGGUCCUCAGCGGUCAGUGUGAGGGAUAAAUACAUCUACGUCACCCAGCCCCUUCAGAAACGCCUGCUGGUCAUCGACACCCAGGCCCAGAAUGUGGUGCAGACGGUAGAGACAGAUCCUUUCCCAGUGAAGCUGCUCUAUGACAAGUCACAUGACCAGGUCUGGGUGCUAAGCUGGGGCAGCAUGCAGAAGUCCCACCCAACCUUAAAGGUGAUUCCCCAGGCCAGUGUUGGAGAGGUGCACCACACCAUCCGCACCCCCUUCCAGAGGGUUGAUGACUUCUUCAUCCCCCCAACCAACCUCAUUAUCACACACGUCAGGUUUGGCUUCGUCUUCCUCAAAUCUGAACCUGCGGUGCAUAAGAUUGACUUGGAGACCUUCCACCGAGUCAAAACCAUCAGCCUGAAGAACUAUAGCUGUGUGCCCGUCAGCAUGGCCUACACACACCUGAGUGGCUUUUACUUCAUUCAGUGCCAGUCUCAGAGCAGGGACCCCUCGUCAGCCCAGCCACAGCUCCUCAUCGACAGUGUCACCGACACUGUCAUUGGUCCCAACCUCAACAUCACGGGCCAGCCCUAUGUGUCCCCGGAUGGCCGCUACAUCAUCACCCCUGACCAGCAGCGUGGCAAGGUCAGAGUUCAAACAGUGUCCUUCCAGGGGGUGCUGGGUUUAAGCCGGGAGCUGGACACCUCUCUCGUUGUGUCCGACCUGAUCUUCCAGCCCUCAUUCACUAAGUCCAACCAGUACACUGUGGUAGCUGCCUCUGGCUCAGGCACAGACCUGCUCUUCUCUGACCUGGCAACAGGGCACAUUGAGGUCCUCAGAAGCCUCAAGGAGCCCCUGUCACACCACACCUGGCCCUGGGGGGGGCCCAACAGGGUGGUGGUGUCCAGCGGACUGUUUGGCCAGUACUUAGUCACUCCCUCAGCGGAAUCUCUCUUUGUGUUGAACGGCAAACUGAACACACCCCACUGUGAGGUGUCAGACAUCAAGAGAGGGAACACAGUGGUGUGGGUGGGAGAGGUAUGAGAGAGUGGGAAGAAGGGGAGAGGGAGAGAAAGAGAGGGAGAGAUCAGGCCAAAACACUUAAUUAAGAUAUAUAUGGACAUAAGUGGACUCAACCAUGGGACUGAGUGCGAGGAACACACGCCUGGGUUAUUGUAACAAAAGUACACAAAAAAUAAUAAUUGAAAAAAAUAUUUAGAAAAUCAUAUUAUGGUAUUUUUACGGGGAGAAGAUGGGUGGUGAGUUCCUUUUAGUGCAACUGUGAUCUAUGUGUACUUAACUAAGAGGAGUUGUACAUUGCACUUCCUUGUAACACUGCAGAUAACAGGAGGGAUAUAAUGAUGACAUUUUGAAAAUUUAACUAUGCACAACGCUCACUUUUUUUAGACUAACGCUUUUUGGUUUCGAGAUGUUUGUCGUUCACCAGUACUGCAAAUAGUCCCAACAAGAUGUCUGUCUGCCUCUAGUGUAUACAUGUGUUAGCGGUCCUUUUCACAACCACAGCACCCUGUUACUCGCCUUUGUCCUUGUCCAUGUUAUUGUACGCUUUCUGUAAACAACAUACAGUUUGGCUUGAAACAUGUUGUACCGUAUUAGUACUUUCCAAAGAGAAUACUUUUCCAUCCCUUAGCUAAGAACAGUAUCUAAUAGCAUACAGUAGAAAACCCAUCCGUGGAUAACAUGUUAUUGUAAAAAUAAUAUAUAUGGUAUAGUAUGUCCCCCACCCUCUCUCACACAGUAAGCCUACUUCCAGUUUUGAUCCAGUGACCUCCUAGUCCUCUGUCCACUAAGUCUAGCAUUGUACGGGUGUUGUUCAUCAGCAUGGAGGUAUUGUAAGUCCUGUGUAUCCAGUUUCCCUAUAGCUUAGUUUCCAUUAUUCAACUGCUCCACAACUGAAAUACAGCUUUCCCUCAUAAGGAGUAGCUGUGCCUGUAACCCUAAUGUUGGCUAGUACUGUAUGUGACGAGCAAGUAAUAGCAAAACACGCCUGUUAUUAAAAAAAGACACAAACCAAGAUUAACAGAUGUGUUGCUCAUGUUUGCGAUUUAGAUAUGUGUUGCUACGGUAACUGCCUUGGCUCAAUCUGACACAGAUGACAUUUCUUAGAACACUGUUGUAUCGAGAGAGAAAUAUGUGUGUGUUCCAGGAGUGAGGCAGAGAUGUGUAAUAUAUAUUCCAAAAGCCCAAUUUGAAGCCCAAUUAUUUUGCGGUCACGGACAAAAAAAAAUAAUCCGUAAUUGCCAUCAAAAAGCAUCAGGCACUCAUACCAAAGUACUUAUUUUGCCACCAUUACAGAGUAACUUCAGAAUAAUUCAUGUGAGUCACCGCCAAAGGCAUCAUCAGAACUGAGUGUUCCAUAUGCAUGUACUGAGAGUUGAGGCUCAUCUCACUAAUAUUGUUUAAGAGCAUUUCGGCUGGGAUUCAAUCAAAGGCGCGUUAUCAACAAGGUCAUUUCUGCUUGUCGACAAGGUCAUUUCUGCAGCAUUUACAGUGAAUGCAACAUCCACAAUCGUCAGGAAAAUUGCCUUUAAAAAGGUACAUUGCCACUAGUGCAAUGUGCUUAUCAUCAAUGUGCCUCUGAUUGAAUCCCGGCCUUUUUAGUACACAGGAUCACAAACAGUACAGUUGCUGGUGAAAAUGUCACAUAUAUUACAUACCUGGUCUCUAACCAAGACCAUGGCUGCAAACCUGAACCUCUUAGUAUGAUAUUGACAUUAGAGACACUGUUGUAGAUAUAAAUUGUUCUUGUUUAGAACACAUUCAAACGAGUCCAGUUUUCUUUAUGCAUUUGGUGUGUUCUUGUUUAUGAGGGAAAUGGUUUGUAAAAUAAUAUCUAAUAAAAUGACAAAAAAAAAACGUGCAGCUGUGUCACAUUAUAAAUUACUUUGAACAUAAAAUAUGUGAAUAUUCAGGGACAAAUUUCACCAAACACAUAUGUUUGUUGCUGACGUGAGGACAAACUAUGGUAUAUAACCCCAAACUGAUGCUGUAUAUGUAUUUCAACGUUCAUUACAUCAAGUUGUUAGAGCUACAGUUACAUCAAAUUGUUACCAAGUUUGUUGAUAUCUGGGCCUCUGGAUUUGGCUCUUUUGUGCAGCAGUUUCUCAUACAGUACGUCAUCCUGACAUCUGGACAGCACAGGUCUGAAAACAUUGCAGACAUCCCUUUGUCACAUCUGACUCUCUUUACAAUACUCUUCUUCCAUCCAAAGCCCAAUCGAUCCAGUGUAGCUUUCUGUCUGAAACCAGGCAAGAGUAGUUUCUAAAUGAGGAGUACCAUUAGUAAUGCUCAGAAGAGUGGCCCAGACCCGCCAAUGGCGAACACAGCGUCACUUUGGGUUUUUUCUGUUGGGUUGAGUCAGGAUGUGUCCAGUGGUAAUGGGUUUUGGGUUGCCCCAGGACAACAUACUAGCUCUUCUUCAGCAGUUACGACAAUGACCAGUCUCAACGGGGGACUUCUUACUCGCUAGAGCGACAGUAUUAUGACUGAGAAAGAAAAAAAACAUCCAGUCAGCAGACAUUCUUCACUAUUAGGACGAAACUAUGACUUUGACUAAACACUAACAAUAUAUUAGCAUUGUGCUGAUACGUGGCUAAAACAUACAUUUUUAUCACUGUUUAUACUUGGCUCUAACAUGCAUCCUUCGUUCUGAUCGUGUCCUGAUCUUGUCCUUAUCUUGUAUGUUUACAUUUAUAAGAUCUGAUAACAAUCAGAUCACAAAGCAUCUUUUAAUCGUCUACUGCUGCCUAAAAUUGUGGGCUCAAUCAGAAUGUGAUCAGGACAAAGGAUGCAUGUUAGCACCAGGUAUAAAUGGGGCUUGUGUUACCCAUCCCUCAGUAACUGGCUAAGUAACAGCAAGAUACACCUGCCUCUAAAUCUCAUAUUGUUAACAGAGCUACACAGUUCUUUAAGCACUAAAAACCACGUAGUUAUCAGAUAUGAAUUCAUAUAGGCUCAACUAAGAGUAUUCAAAUCAGCAGAUAUUCAAAUGUUAUAUAAAUAUCAACAACACAAGAGGCCUAAAUUAGAGGAUAAAUGUGUGCUGUUCUAAGAUCUUUGGCAACCUUAAAGGCUUGUAGCUGUAUCCAUGCUGGUUUAUCUCUAUGCAACACAUUCUCAUUGUUAAGGCAAUAACUGUUGUAUGAUGUAUGUGUUUUGUGAGUAGAUUUUUCCUAAGAUGUUAAAACAGUCUGGGUGUAUAAAUGUAUUACUUCUCCUCCAAUUGUUAAAGGGAAACUUCACACAAAAACUAUAUUUGAGUCUUUUUUUCUAUUUGUCCACUUGGUGAUGCGUUUCGAAACAUCAUGAUGUUGUGGCACGUGACACUUUGCUUCUUGAAAAUCCUUUAUCUUGAAAACUUGACUGCUGACAUGCAAAACAUUUUGGGACUGUAUCGACAGUGGAUUAAUGAACAAAAAUACCAAAAUAUCAUUUUUGAGUGGAGACUCCCUUUAAUGACUCCUAUGCUUUUUUCCCCCACCUAACAAUUGCCUCUGUACAAUAAUAUUAUUUUUUAAAUAUAUUUUUGAGUUGCUUCAUCUGAACUGAAAUGUAUGGAACCAGUGUCUAUACCUCAUAUUAUCUACCCACAGACAAGACCCAGCUCACCAGUGAUGUAUUUGAAUUAGCAUUGACUGUAAGGAUAUGACAUACUGUACUGUAUACUGUAUUGUGUUGCCUGGGAUGUAAUUUUUCUU